AUGGUUAACAGAGAAGAAGAGGAAGCCACCAAAUCGGAUGAAGAGAACACCAACCCCGAUGAGGAAAACGGGAAAAUUACAUGUACGGAAAGAAAAGGGAAUUGCACUGAGGAAUUUUUAGCCCAACCGAAUGGAAAACAAGAAAAAGAUUGUUACGUAGAGAAGGGCACUCACCCAAAUUAUAGCAAUCGAAGUGAAAACAGUGACAUGGCAGCGGAUCGACGCUUCGAUGCGUCCGUUGUCGAACAUUGGGGUGGAAAAAAAGGAAGCACUAUUCAUGAAAAGGAGGAUAAGGAGGAGCUGAACAGUGCAGACAGAAAGGGAAAUCGCAAAGCGAACAGUCAAGUCCUCUGCGUGGAAAUUAAAUCCCACCCUAAAGAUGAAAAUGCGUCUUCACCCCUGAGGGGCAGAACCAAGUUGGAGCCUCCGUAUCCUGGGGAAAGUUUUGCAAAGGAAGAAGCAAGUGUGGCAGGCGGAACGGGCCAAAUGGGUCACACAUGUCAACCAAUCCAAGCUACCCAAGCAGCCCCAAAUCGGAGCAACAGCCAAGCCGGUCCAUGGGACGAAAAAUCGAGCGGAAAUUUCACGUGCACGAGGGAGCACCUGGACCUGGGGAACAACCAGCAAAGUAGAAAAAGUGGUCACAUGCAUAACCGAGCUGAAGUGCAGGAGGACGAGUAUUCCAAAAUUGGUACCGAUCCAACAGUCAGCACUAUCGGAGAGGAGACCAUAUGCGGGAACGACUCAAAUAAGGUUUCUGUUAAGUUUGUCAGUGACUUUCACGCAUGCAAUAAUAGAACUGAAAAGAUGAAAGAGGAAAUAUUCGGUGCAGAAGAUGAGGAAGAUGAAAUUAUGCGCGAAGGGAAAAACGAUAGGGAAGGUGCUGGGGAAAAUGAGAAGAAAGGCGAGUUAACAAUAGAGCCCAAAAUAGGGGUUAAAAUGGAAGCCAAAAUAGAGGCCAGGAUGGAUGCCAAAAUAUAUGCCAAAAUAGAUGCCAGAAUAGAUGCUAAAAUAGAUGCUAAAAGCGAGCCCGGAAGCGAGAUUAUAAGCAGGGCAAGGAACGGAACCCCGGGGGAAUCCCCAAGCACUGACCAAAGCGUUAGUCAAAUGAGCCAUUUGGGCCACACGAGCAGCAAGUAUACACAAAGUGCAUUCAGUAAUAAUACUAACGGAUUAAAUGACCCUUAUGACUUACCUACCGAGGAAAUAAGUCAGAAGGAUGUAAUUAUAAAAAAAAAAAAUUUUGCCCAAGAAGGUACACUGGAAAGUACAUGGUCAAGUGGUCAGGAUAAUUCCGAUGAUCAUUCCGAUUUUAACAGAACGGUAAAUUACAAAAUUGGCCAAAAGGUUUUGCUAAAAGGUACAGGUACUUCCGAAGUGGUAAGUGAUGACAGUAGAGGUAGUAGUGAAGAGGGUGCAAAUGGUGAAAAGGGGAACAGUACUUACCUCCCUAAUGAAUUAGAAGAACACGCCUCUAUUUUUGACGAGAAGAGUAGCGAAAACAGCUCCCUGAUGGGUACCGAAAAAGAGUGUAUAAGAACUCGGGUCAGUGGAAAGUCGGGUAUAAGGGCGCAUGCAAAGGCUCAUGCAAAGCUACAUACAAAGGUGCGUGCAAAAUUGCAUACACAAUCGGAUGAGGCAUCGAUUACACUUCUCGAUGCACACCUUGAGGAGCAGUCGAAUUUUCAGUCGGAGCAAAAUCGAAGGGAAAGGAAAGGAACAAAUUUCAGCGAAAAAGUAAAAAAAAAUAAAAAAGGGGGUCAUUUUUUAAACAUCAGCAGGAGGGGGAGUAACACAAUAAGAAGAACAACAAACUUAUCCGUUGAACAUCACCAUUACGGAUCUUUUUUUCACCCCAAGGGAAAAUGUGCAACUCCAGGUAUAGUCAAAUAUGAGGGACUUCGAGGUGAGAACCUUAGUCCUAACUUUAGUGGUCUUACACAGAAGAAGGAUAGUGUGAAUGAGAAUGGCCAUGAUGAAUCGGAGGAAGAAAAACUGCUUAUUCAACAUUCUGAUAAAGGAAAAAUAAUAAAAGAGAAUUGCAAAAUGGACAAUAGUGACAUGAUUGAGUUUAUUGUAACAUCGCAUGGUCGAACAUCGCAAAAAGGGGAAAAUGGGAAAGAAGCCAAAGUUAAUGCGGAUGUGUGUGCUGAUGAAAAUAAUAUCAGAAGCAGGGACUGUUACGUUCCUAAACAAGAACGGAAGUUUGCACACUCUGCGGGGCAAAGUGACGCAGAAAAGGAACCCCCAAGUGGGAGGUUAUUACCCGAAGGGGUUUUCCCCUAUGAAGAUAUAAACCAUGGAAUGGAAAUUUUUGUGAAUAGCAAGUCGAAUGAGCUAUCAAAUGGUAAGGACAAAAUAAAGCAAGGUGAUGAUAAUGUUGAAAAGGGCCCUUUCCAGAUGUCCCAUUUGAGCACCACCCCGGAGGUGAGUCGAAUGACGAGAAUGAGCAGUUUAAAGAAGGCGCAAGAAAACAAAGGGGAAAACUUAACUAAAAGUAAUUAUGAAAAUUUAGUAGUAGGAAGAAUUACAAAGAAGAGUGGUAGCCCAAAGGGAAGGCACCAUCAGAAGGAGAUAUUUUCGAGUGAGGCAAGUUUGUCAUCAGAAGGUGGUGAUGAGGGUAGCGAUGGAAGUAUCGAUUCGGAUGAUCAUUAUGAUGAACAUGACGAUGGAAUGCUGGAUGAGACCGCUUUGAGGAAGGACUACCCGUCGUCCUGCAUCCGAAGGAGCGGGUCAGAAUGGAAAAAUGGAUCCCCAAUUGAUAACCACCAAUGGGAUGGGAACAUUAAGAGUGAAAAAAGCGACGUCGAUGAGUACAACAGGGUCGGAAGAUUCCAUGUCGAAGGAAGAAAAGAACACCCCAAUUUUUAUGAAGAGACAUGUGAAGAUUCGAGCGAAAGUGACAUAAUAAAUAACAACUGCCGUGACAAGGUAGCUAGCAGAGGGGAAGACUAUUACAGCCAGGGUGUGCAGACCCAGCACAGACUUAGGGAGAAUAGGCAGAACAGGCAGGGAAAACACAGCAGUAUGAGCCAGCUAAAUCGGCUAGAUCAGCCAGAUCAGCCAGAUGGACGAAGUGAUGCCCCUCCUGUGGAUCUGAAGAGCAACUACGACAGGGGACAGGGAGAAGCCAGAGCGGCAAUAAAUGGAAGAAACUACCUCAACAAGGCAGAAGUGAAAAUGGAAAAUUUAAAACUUCACAAUGGCAUGCAAAGGAGUAACAAUGGGGAUAAUAGCACCCUCGAUGAUGAAUUUGACCAAUGGAAAAUGGAAGGAGGUGAUGGUCAUGCGGAUGAUAAGAAGAGAAAAAAUAUGUUCCAAUCGAACGGGGGGCACAGAAUUAUUAAGGAGGUGGACGGGACAUGGAAAAAUGAUAAUUGGGUGGACGCAACGGGGGUGAUGAAAUUGGGGGAAACGCAGAGAUGGGAAAGAGAUGAAAGAAUCCAUCGGGGUGAAAGAAAUAAGAGGAGGGUGGAGGAGGACAAAGGCAGUCGUAACGACGAUGAGGAUGACAAUAAUGGUGAUCAUGGCAAUGACGCUGAUAGGGACAGUGUGGAAUCAUUUGGCAGACGAACCGAUCGAGCCGUGCCUGGAGAGGAUCUCCCGGAUAGAGGUGGUUAUAACGACGUGGGAGACGAAGCAGAUGCGGAAGCUAAUGGAGAGGUGACGGACGGGGAGGAUGCAAGUCAUUUGUGCGAAAUCCAGAGACACAUCGACUACAUCAUGCAGAACGACGAAAUCGACUUCUCCCGGAUUAAUGUGAAGCCCAGCAAGAAUUACGUGAAAAUAAACUCCUUUAUCGACCGGUACGUAGUGAGGUAUGAUGAACUGCAGGACAGCGAGUUACUGUUCUGCUUUGGAGAAUCCAGUGAAGAAGACGUGAUGACAAGGAAGAGGAGUUCCAUGAAGGAGGGAGAUGACGAUGGAGAUGAAAGCCAAAACGAUAAACUGACUUGUAUGAGGAAAAAGAAUGGAGCUUCAUCGUAUAAGAAAAAAAACAAGCAACAGAAAAAUAGGAAAAUAAAUUACGAUGCUAUUGAUACCAUGUGGCAGCCCCACUUUCAUCCACACAACAAGGAAUUCAGGGUAAGGUACAGAUAUAAGGGAAGUAUGAGACUGAAAACUAUCUCAUGUAAGAACUAUGGUUACAUACCGAGUAAAAAAAUAUCGAUUCUGUUUCUGUUCAGAUGGCUUCUCUGUGGUAAGUACAUCGCAGAGAAAACGAAAAGAUCCCGGUUAAGCAUUACCGAUAUUAAUGACUGUAAUUUAUCGGAUCUUCUGUCAAAAAGGAGAAAUAAAAAUAAUGGCUACCUGACGGAUGAUGAGUGGAAAGCGCUAGAAGAAAAAAAGAGCAAAGAAUUUUACGACCACGUGUAUAAAAUAAAUGAUUUUUUAAUGCGUAAUUACAAGGAUGAUUCUUUUGUGAAUAAACUGAAGGUGAUCAUUAGCAGCUGUGAUAAGCAGUUUAAGAGGGAGGAGGUGCUGCAUAUACUUAACCAGUGCCUGCGGGAUAAGCUGAUCAGCGAGCGGAACAGGGAAUCCCUCCUUCGGGGCGACGUAGGAAAGGUUGAUUGCACGGUCGAAAGUGCGAUUGACAGUUCGCUUAGCGGAGGGGACACACUCACUGAUACACGCAGCCGCAACUUCAAGGACCGAAGAGAUCAGCAGCGUGGGCCAACGAAAGGACACCUGCUCGGAGAGAGCGCCCCCCAGGUGUACAGCAAAAAGAGGAAGCGCACAUUCAACCUAGGUGUCGACCUAUACACGAACGACAGCAUGGAUGGGGGAAGCAUCAACCAUAGUAGUGGUGGUAGUAGCAGCAGUAGUAACAGUGGUAGUAACAACGUUGGGGACAAUAGGGGGAAGGCCAGCUUUGCAAGCAACAAGCGGAACAAGGAGGAAAAUAACCCCAUGUGGAUGGGUCGAUAUAGCAGACCAAGUGGAACCGAUACAGAGAGAGGAAAUAAUGGGAAUAGACGACUUUACCAGGUAGGAGCGAAUACCAUUGGAAUGAACUACCUGCCCGUCCAUUCUGCUGAAACGGAAUUGAGCGAUAAACCCGGGGGAAGGAACCCACAGUUGUGUAACAACAAAGUGGUAAUAGUGGAUCACGGGGUGCAUAUUGGCCAUGUGGGGAAUUUACACGAGGGGGGUGACGUAGUUCAUGGAAGGAGCGCAAAUGUUCAGGCGAACGGGAAUGUCAUCCGUGAAAGCUUCACUAAGGCUGGAGGAAGAAGCUCAGCACACCAUAGAAUUAGCAGGGGGAACUUCCUUCGUUCGCACCCGUCGGGAAGUAACCCCCCUGCUAGCUACCCAUCGUGUGCAGACCUGGAGAAGCUAUCCAAUACGGAAGAAAUAAGGGACUAUUACAACUCCCUGAUAGAGCUGAAAAAGUCCCUCUACAUUCGAAGUCAGGACGGAGACAUGGAUGACCAGGUGAGGUACGCAAACAUGAACGACAAUUUUAUGGAACUGCUAAAUAAGGAAUCACUCAGAAGUAGUAGCAUCGGUAAUGGUAAAUCCAGUAGGAGUUCCCACAAUUCGAUGGAUCCUCAGUUUACGAAAGAAUCUGAUGCUUUUCUGUUUGCCAUUUAUUAUGCCAACCGUGAGAGAGUCGCCACGAUGGUUUCAACCAACGGGGGAGGGGGUGAUAUAUCCCCCCCGAAUGAAGGCGUAACGACCUCCGGCAGGAAGGUUUUAUCUCCACCCACGUGCGAUGGGAUGAAUACGCCAGCUGAACGGAUGGAGAAGGUCGACCUUAAGAGGGACGUGGUCAAUCCUAAGAUGGAUGAGAAGAAUACAGAAAUGGUAACGAAGCCCAGCGGUUCUUCCCUCCUUUCACAGGAAAAUAAUUACCUAAACGUCUACCCUAAUUUGAACCAUAUAAAUAGCUCCAAAAAAAUAAGUAACGUAUCUACGUGUCCUAGUUUGGGCGUAAGUAGCUACUCCGUGGGGGGGCACACACAAGGAGAUAAGAAAAAUGGAUUGUCCUGUUCCAUUUCGAAUGAGAGGAAUGAUAUUGGGAAAGACGUCACAAAGGAGGAGAAGUUAGACCAUGUGAAGGAGGAGCAGUUAAAAAGGAAAUCACUGAACAUGGUCCAGGCGAAAGAACUGUUUAACUCGUGCGAAGAGACCUACUCUCAGUUGAUCUUCUCAGAGAGGAGUGUAUUUUUGAAGCAUGUUCAGGGGGAUAAGCAGAAUGUGGAGGGAAGUGGAAAAAGUAGUGAAGAAGCGAACCGCCAUGGGUUGCCUUGCCUGGAGGACGCCUCUAAUAAGCAGUACAGGUUUAUGGACAGACACAACAGCCUUUCGUCAGAUAAGUCCCGAAAAGGUUGCAACCACGUGUAUGCUGAUGACGAAUCUAGGCACCUUCCUGUGCGGGAAAAAAUCGUCCAAGAAAGUGAAAAGAGUAUGAGAUGCACCGACGGUCGUAUAGAACAUGAUUGUGCGUAUGAGAAGAAUCCAAGAGGGUUUUCGACCUUCCCCUCACAAAGUGGUAAUUCAAGGGAAGGUGGUUUCACCCGGGGUAGAUAUGAUCCAACAAGCGAAGUGGUGCAAGCAGAUGAAAUUGGCUGUUUAAAAAAGGGCAACAUCCUUCGCGAUGAAAACAUGAAAGACAUAAUUGACAUUCUGGUGAAGAGCAAAUAUCUGAGGGGGUCCAAGUACGAAGAUUCCCUGAGCAGCAACGUGGAGUGUUCACACGAGCGCGGCAGAAGUAACUCCCGUUGUUUGUAUUGUGCCUGCAUGGCUGGGUUGAAUUACAACCACGCUGUGGAAGGUGCGAUGGAAGAGGGUGACAACAAGAAUGCAAACUUCGACCGGGAAGAAGAUAACAUGGAAAGGCACCCCCCCUGCGAAGGAGAAGAAAACAACUUGUGCAAUUCGUCUUGUCGUUACUGCAGCUUUUACACCGAAUUGUUAAAGGUGUUAAGGCAAAAUAAGGGUGUCGAAAGGGGGGACGAGUAUGGCUUGAAUAAGGGAUGUAACAAUGUAGAUAAGCAAGUAAGGAAGUAUUCAUAUAACAUUGAAGGUUCAAGUUCGAUGAGGGAGUAUUGCAGUGAGGAGAUGCUUACAACCGAAGUUAGUAGUGGUAAUGGCAUGCUUCCCGUCGAGUUGUGCAAUCGUAUUUUUAAUUAUAUGUUGCAAAGGGCAGGAAGUGAACUGGUUGCUCGUGGCAGCGCGAAGGAGAUGCCUCAUCGGAGUGAACAAUAUAACGCAGAAAUGGAAAACAACGCCAAGCAACGAUCCAUGGGUGAUGCCAUCCAGAACGGUAGAACUAGGAGAACGAAGAGGGAGAUCAUUAGUGCAUUGUUGGAGGAACUGCUUAGUUCGCUACCGAUGGACGACUUAGAUGUGGAAUGCAGCACCAGCUUGUCUGACUACACGGAAGGGAUGACAAGGAUGAAUCAGAACAGAGAAGAUGAAAACGGUGAGUUUGCUGACUAUGUUGGGGAAAAUGCCCCACGGUAUGACCACAGCCGAGGACGCCCCUACGAUUGGAUACGGAACGUUUCCCGUAAUGUCGCCUCGAAGGACGAAUUGGGGAGGCCGCCCCUGCUGAACAUGCCACACGUGAGAACAAACACGCAAAGAAAAAAAGACAGUAGCCACUUCGCCAGACAAGCACAAACGAAGGAAUUGCUCCCCAUCGGUGAAAAACAGACCGACUUUAUAAUGAGCAAGGAUAACUUUGAUUUGAUAGCAAAUUUUAUAAACGACGUUAAGGUGCAGAGGUACAGUACGCGUGUAGACAUGAAGGACCAUAGGACCUUCCACGAUAGGGAAAACAGCCUCACGGAUCAUAUUCUGCCUCAGCAGAGCAGUAACCAGAUUAGCCUGAGGAGGAAGAAGAAGCAGAACGGGCAUGCCGAUGAGGUUAAUGAUCACGAAGGGGAAGAAAGUGAAAGUGAAAUGGAAAGUGAAGAAAACGUCUUAGGUCUUUAUAGAGGAAAAGCGGCAAAUGAAAAAAUGCUAAAAAUGAAAAGUCGUGGUAAUAUGAACAAUUUAUUGCUCGCCGACUCGGUAAAUAAAUAA